GUGCCGACCAAGAUCAAGCGCCCCGUGCCGCCGGGCAUCCAGACCAAUGGCGCCGCCUCCCUCGCAUCCUCGCCGUCGCCGUCCCUGGCAUCCUCCAAGCCGCCCAGCGCGAAGCAGCCGCCCAGCUCGGCCAGCGACCGGGCCAUCACGGCCUCAACCGUCCGGCCCAUCAACCGGGUCCGCCGCGACACCCUGAACCAGACUCCCGGGCGCAACUCGAGAAACAGCGCCGGCAUGCGAUCGGCCUCGUUCGCAGCAGACACGGCUGCUCAUGGCUACGAACCCCCACCUUACGUUGUUACCGAUGCCUACGUCUUGAAGAGAAACUCGGGGCGACCACCCUCUCUGGUCGUCCAUAUGCAUCCGACACACUUCCGCUUCGAUGGUCAAGAUGGCAUGUUCCAGUAUAAGUCGCCAAUGAAGAUCUUUCUUGAGCAUGUCAAGAGCCGCACGAUUCCCCACGACCUCCUCCCAUACUUUGUCCAGGGCAAGGUUCCCUUCUACGACGGAUGCCUCAUUGUACAGAUCCACGAUCACAAGUCCGUGGUCCAGACAAAGGGCACCAAACGACCCUCGUCAGCCUCCAACGCCGUGGUGCCUUCGUCCAUCCACAACUAUAACCAAUGGCUUACACCUUCGCCUCACGUCCCAUUUCCCAAGGAGGAGCAGAACGCCGGCGAUGCGGCUGCCAAGCUGAAAGAGGAGCCUAAAGAGACAGACGCUGAUGAGAAGGAUGCGGAUAAGGAGCCUACACCAAAUGCCCCUGGCAACGCCACAGAUACCAAGGCCCCCCCCAAACCAAAGAUAUUCACCGUAGUGCUUCACCCUACACCGGAGAGCUUACGCAUGGAUCUCAUGAUCAAGGCAACGAUGCCAAAGUCGCCCGGGGAGGGGCCUGGUGCUAAUGACACUUCGGCCAUGGCGCCUUCAGCAACCCCGUCCGCGCUGGUGCCGCCGACACCGACUGCAGCCAACCUUCCGCCGCCUGCGAAAAGGCAGAAGCGAGAAAAGAAUGAACUGGACGCCAGCCUGUUACAUGCCGCCGAAGGCCAGAUAUUGCUCGCGACCAAUGCACCCCUGAUGCUUGAACCAACCAAGAGCGUGGAAGAGACCAUCGCCCUGUUGGAGAAGAUGUCACAUCCCAGCCACAGCGAGCCUCCGCCUCAACCAAAGGCCCGCAAGAGGACAGUGGCCGAAAUGGCCGCCGACGAGGCAUUCACUGCAGAGAUGGAGCGGUACAUGCUGGUUCUCGACGACCGGCUUGCGCCAAAUGCUCCCGGCGCGCAGGGUGCUGGUGGAGCAGACGGGGAUGGCCCAACCGGUGCAGCUACGUUUGAGCCUCGCUUUGAGCGCUUCAACCUCAUUGAGGACAUCAAGAGGGAGCACAACGAAAAGAAGGAGCAGGAGAAGCUUAAGCAGCAGGAGAAUGACAGAAAGCUGCAGCUUCAGAGACAGCAGCAGCAGCAGCAACAGGCGCAGCAGGCGGUGGAAGCUGCGCAGAGGCAAGCCGAGGCCGAGAGACUCCGGCGCGAGGCCGCAGCGGCGGCUAGAGAGAACCAGCUGCGCCAGGCCGCCGAAGCCCAGCGCCAGGCCAUUGCCGCUCGCGCUGCAGCGCAGACUCCCGCGGCGCAGGCAAACAACAACGCGGCGCAGAUAAACCAGACGCAGCACGCGCACCCCGCCCAGCAUCCCGGAGUCAACAAUGGCAUGGCGAACGGCGUCCAGCAAAACGCAAUGGCGAACGGCAUGCAUGGACCGGCUCAGGCCCGGUUCCAGGCCCAAAUGUCUCAGGCUCAAGCUUCCUCUCCCAUCAUCCGGCAACCCACUCCUCAGAACAUGUCGUCACCCAUGGUGGCGGCCGCUGCCAUGCAGCGAAACAACUCCACCAUGGCGGCAAGCCCUCCUCGGUCUGCUUCUGUGGUGCAGAAUCCGCAAGUAUCGGUGCCCAUGGCCCACGCCAUGUCUUCUAGAAACAGCCAGCAGAGCCAUCCGUCAAACACUCCACGCAUGCCUCACGCGACGCCAAACAUGCCCCAUGCAACUCCCAUCAACCGACCGGCCAUGAUUGCAACGCCGCGCAUGACCCAGGCGAACAGCCCUCCGGCCAUGAUGGCACAGAACUCUCAGAUGGGCCAGCAGAUGAUGAUGAACCCAGGCAUGAACCAGGCCAGCCCUCAAGUCAUGGCUCAGAUGGCCCAGCAGCGAGCUAUACUGCAGCAGCAACAGCAGCAGCAGCAAAUGGCGGCGGCUCUCCAGAAUGGCAACUUUAAUAACAUGAACAUUGCUUCGCAGGGCCCAGGCAUGACGCCGCAGCAGCAGCAACAGAUGAUGCAGAUGAUGCAGCGGCAAAUGUUGAUACAGCAGCAGCAGCAACAGCAGCAGCAACAACAGCAACAGCAGCAGCAACAACAGCAACAGCAGCAGCAACAGCAUCAACAGCAGCAACCGCAGAACGGCAUGAUGAACCCUCAGCAGCAGCAACAGCAGCACCAGCAGUGGGCUCAGCAAUAUGCGCAACAGCUGCAGACAAUGCAAGGCGCUCAGAUACGCUCGAUGACACCGCAGAUGCAGGCCCAGAUGCAGGCCCAGAUUCAGCACAUGACUCGGAUGGGCCAAAUGGGCAACAUGGCGCGGGGCCAGAUGAACGGCCAGAUGAAUGGCCAGAUGAAUGGCCAGAUGAACGGCCAGAUGAUGAAUGGCAAUGCUAAUGCCAAUGCACAGGCACACGCCCAAGCGCAGGCUCAGGCGCAAGCGCAGGCUCAAGCACAGCAGGCCGCACAGGCUCAGGCUCAGGCGCAGCAAGCGCAAGCGCAAGCUCAGCAUCAGGGCCAAGGUCCCCAGCAGGGACAGCCUACCAACCUGCAGGCUCAGCUGCAGAACCAGACGCGCAUCAUUUACAGCCGGCUGUUGAAUACGGCAGCGGCCAAGUUUGGCGGAGCCGACAACAUACCGCCGGACGCAAUGGAGAGAAUCAAACAGCAAGCUUUCAUGCAAGCCCAACAGAUGAUGAGGGACAUGAUGCAGCGUCGGCAGCAGCAGCAGCAGAUGCGAAUGCAACAACGCCAGCAGCAGCAACAACAGGCCGCGAUGCAA